GGCGUGCAAUGCGCGUGACAGAGGAUCUAUAAAAUUGCGCAGUCGCAACCAGCAAGGGCCGUGAUUGCCUCUCUGCCGCUUCCUCUCCUUUUUCGAACAGGGAGAGACCGAGCAACAGGAUGCUUUUCUUCUCGUACUUCAAGGAGUUAGUGGGCAAAGAGGUGACGGUGGAGCUGAAGAACGAUCUCGCCAUCCGAGGCAUCCUCCACUCCGUCGAUCAAUACCUCAACAUCAAGCUCGAGAACACCCGCGUCGUCGACCAGGACAAGUAUCCCCACAUGUUGUCAGUGAGGAACUGUUUUAUCAGGGGAUCGGUAGUCAGGUAUGUUCAACUUCCUCCUGAUGGUGUGGACAUCGAUAUCCUUCAUGACGCCACCAGGAGAGAAGCUCGUGGAGGUUAAUUAUGCAAAGCUGUUUGGUGGUCAGCCUACCCUCUGAAAAUGAUCAUGACUUGUCUAACUACAUUUUUCAUGCCUUCGAUACUCUAUCAAACAGAAAAUGAUUAACACGAUUGUAACCACCAUACAUCACUGUUAUUUAGAUAUUCAAAGAUUGGAGUCUUAUACUGAAUAUCAAUCCUUUGUGGUAUUGGUCAAAA